UCGCCUUCCUCUUCCGAGCUUCGCAUGCUGGAGGCCCGGCAGAGCCAUGCCGAAGGUGAAGACGAAGCCGCGGUCCCGACCGCCCCGUGGAGAAAGGAAAGGGAAAGGCCCUGUUGGCAUUAGGUUCAAUACUGGACUUGGUCAGCAUAUUUUGAAAAAUCCCCUGAUUGUUAACACCAUUAUAGAAAAGGCUUCCUUAUACCCUACAGAUGUUGUUUUAGAAGUGGGUCCUGGAACUGGCAACAUGACAGUGAAAAUGUUAGAAAAGGUGAAAAAGGUAAUUGCUUGUGAACUUGAUGUAAAGCUUGCUGGUGAACUUCAGAAAAGAGUCCAGGGAACACAUUUGGCUAACAAACUUGAAAUAAAAAUUGGAGAUGUAUUGAAAAGUGACCUUCCUUUUUUUGAUGCUUGUGUGGCUAAUUUGCCAUACCAAAUUUCUUCUCCUUUUGUUUUUAAGCUAUUGCUGCAUCGGCCUUUCUUUAGGUGUGCAGUACUCAUGUUUCAAAGAGAAUUUGCUCUUCGCCUAGUUGCAAAACCAGGCUCUCACCUAUAUUGUAGGCUAUCUGUUAAUACUCAGCUGUUAGCUCGUGUUGAUCAUCUAAUGAAAGUAGGAAAAAAUAAUUUUAAACCACCACCCAAAGUUGAAUCCAGUGUUGUAAGGAUAGAACCAAAGAACCCUCCGCCUCCAAUUAACUUUCAGGAGUGGGAUGGUCUCCUGAGGAUAGUGUUUGUCAGAAAGAACAAGACACUUGCUGCCAUUUUCAAUUCAAAUGCUGUGAAACAGUUGCUCGAACAGAAUUACAGAAUUCACUGUUCACAAAAUAAUUUGCAAAUUCCUGAAAAUUUCAAUAUUGCUGAACUUACACAUGAAAUCCUAAAAGAUACCGGCUAUUCAGAAAAACGUGCCCGAGUAAUGGAUAUUGAUGAUUUUAUAAGUGUUCUUCAUGGCUUCAACGCAAAAGGGAUUCACUUUUCCUGAAGGGAUUACAGGAAAGCUGCUGUGAAGAUUGAACUAAUUUAUAUAAAUAAAUGUUAUAGUAGAAUAUAUUCACAAUGAAUGUCAACCAACCAUCAACUGGUUGUUAUCCAGUUUCUGCUUCUUUUGAUUUUAUUUGGUGAAGAACGUAUCCGUUUAUAAAUAUUAUUAAAAGCAUCUGGAAAUGCAUCCCAGAGCAUCUAGCCUCUCCCAGUGUGCUUAAUAUUCCAAGCAAAGUAUUGAUAUUGUUAUUCAUUUUUUAAAAAUGCGUAACUGAUACGGAAGUUAGGAUUUUGUCUACUCUCAGAGUUGACAUUCUCUGUCUUUUUUAAUGGCCAAAUGUUCUUUACAUUGUGUAUUGCAAUAAUUAUUUUCUAUCAAAGGGAUUACUUCUAGUCAUACCUUUAUUUACAAGACUGCAAUGUAGUCUUUAAUAUUGUACAAUAAUAAUUUUCUCC